CGGGAUUUGAUAUCGAUGAUCGUAAUGGUGGUGGUAGAAUAGUCUUAUCGAAUAACAAAUUCACUCAAUUUCCAAAUGUUUCCGAAAUAGGAUUUGCUGAAGAAUAUUCCGUAAAACGAUUAGCGUACACGUACACAGUGAAUUUUAAGAACAAUAAUUGGACUUGCGAUUGCUAUGUUUGGAACGAGUAUUUAAGUUAUAUGCUUGUAGGAUUUCAAUACCAUCCAGGUUCACAAAAAUUUUACCGUAUCCCAUGUUCGAAUCCCCCUGAAUUACGUAAUUAUGUGGUAACUGACUUUCAGAAAAAUGAAACAAAUAAACUUCAACAUCUUUUGAUAUGUAAUUUAACCCUUAAAGAUAACUGUCCUUAUAGAUGUCACUGUUUUUACCAACCAUCCAAGAAUAGAACGGUCAUCGAUUGUUCGGGUCUGGCAUUAAAACAUUUGCCCGAUAAAAUGCCGUUUUUCAAUAAUUUAGAAAUAGAUUUAAGUACAAAUGUUAUUUCUAAAUUAGAUGUAAGAAGCUAUUUAUACAGAACAACGAAAUUAAAUGUUUCUAACAAUUUAAUAACAACAAUAUCACCGAUCAUUUUUGAAGUUGCGACUCUUAAUCUGAUUGAUUUCCGAUUGAAUAGUUUAAAUACACUUGGCAAUGAGGUUCGCUUAAAGUCUCCAUGUUCACUUUUAUUCGGCAAUUUGACUAUACGUUGCAGUUGUGAACUAAAUUGGCUACCUACUUGGCUUGAACGCCAAAAACAGCUAAAGUGUGUGCUCAAUAAUAUCUUAUGUGUUAACAAAAACGAAGACGCUAGUAGUAUGUCCCCAAAAGAAUUUUGCAUUCAUGACAAUGGAACAGCUCAUAUCUUUACCAUUAUCGUUGUGACUCUUGUUAUGGUAAUAUUUGGAACUGCCAUCAUUUUUCAUAAUUAUAAAUACGAAAUUUAUCUACUAUGGAGGUCAAAUAAAUUUAUAAACAAAAGUAGAAGAGUACAAACGCAACCCAAAUAUGAUGUGUACAUCUCAUUCGAUGAGGAAAACGAAAUGGCCCGAAAAUGGAUAAUUGACGUUUUGCUUCGAUUCUUGGAAGGCAAACGCUACAAAGUAGUUCUACCAUGUCGAGACUUUUCGUUUGGUGGUAUACGAGAGGAGGAAAUGAGAUCGUCUAUUUCGAAAUGUUCGUCAUGGAUAAUUUUGCAGAGUCAGAAUUAUCUUCAUUCCACUUAUGGCGAAAACGAAUGGAAAAUUAUAUGGAAUAUUUACAAAGCAAAUUUGGAAACAAAGAUUAUUAUCAUAAAUUUCGAUGUAAUUGAAAAUGACUGCGUUAGUCGAAAAAAUUUCAGGGCUUUUUUAAAACUUGGAUAUGCACUAGAUUUUUGCAACAUGGACAAAAAUCUAUUAAACGAUGUUAGGAAACAGUUGGGCCCACCAGCUAAUCGAUACACUACAGGAUGGAAAAACUCAAAACUACGAUAUAGGCAUAUUGACAAAUUUGAUAUAUUUGUUCCAAAGUAA